UUUCGUGUAACGUCAACGUGGAAACGUGAACCAAAAAUCUAAAAAAAAAAUUUUAUAUUUUUAAGCCAAGAUUUGGUGUUUUUUCCUCAUUUUUUGUUUGAAAAAGUAAAAAUCAGUAAAAUGCCUCCGAAAAAAGCGCCUGCCCCUUCGAAGAAGGCCGAAGUGAAGAAAAAGGAGAAAAUUAUCGAAGACAAAACGUUCGGCAUGAAGAAUAAAAAGGGAGGCAAGGCUCAAAAGUACAUUGCGCAAGUAGAGAAACAAGUAAAAUCGGGCGGGCAUCAUCCGCAGGACAAGGAAGCCGAGAAAAAACGUCUGGAAAAGGAGAAAAAAUUGCAGGAACAGAAGGAAAUGGCGCUCCUUUUCAAGCCAGUACAAACGCAAUCUGUCGCGGCGGGCACCGAUCCCAAGUCUGUCGUUUGCGCGUUUUUCAAACAAGGCAAUUGCGGCAAAGGGAACAAGUGCAAGUUCAGUCAUGACCUGUCUGUGGAGAGAAAAACGGAAAAACGCUCGAUUUAUUGUGAUAUGCGUGACGUGGAAGCGGAUGGCGAAACGAUGGAGAACUGGUCCGAGGACAAAUUGAACGAAGUUGUGAACAAAAAGCACGGCGGCAAGGAGAAAACGAUGCCCACAACGACAAUUAUCUGCAAAUAUUUCCUCGAUGCCGUCGAGAAGCGACUUUACGGAUGGUUUUGGGAAUGUCCGAACGGCGAAAAGUGCAUUUAUCGGCAUGCCUUGCCCCAAGGUUACGUUUUGAAGCGCGAUCAGAAGAAAGACGACAAAAAAGAUCAAAUUUCGCUCGAUGAACUGAUCGAAAGUGAACGCGCCAAGCUCUCGGGAGUCAAUCAAACACGCGUCACACUCGAAACUUUCCUCGCGUGGAAGAAACGAAAGAUCCAGGAACGCAAAGAUGCCGCCAAAAAAGACGAAGACAAGAAACGGAAAGAUUUCAGUGCGGGACGUUCGCUCGGAUUGUCGGGUCGUGAGAUGUUCAGCUUUAAUCCCGAACUGGCGAACGAUGGCGAUAUGGAAGAUGGCGACGUGGCGAUCGAUUCUUAUGCUUAUAAUCAAGACGAAGAAGACGCCAAUGUUCAAUAUAAGGAACUCGAUUUGAAUGCGUUGUCAGUUGCGGGAUUGGAAGUCGAUGGAACGGGAACUGUGGCGGAAAGCGAUCGAUUGGAGAAGAUGAAACAAGCGGCAGGCACGGAGACAAAGACAGAAGAGGAAGCGUCGAAAGAUCAAGUUGAUGCGACACCUUUCAAUGAGAACCUAUUUUUGGAAGAAGACCUCGAAGGGUUAGACGACGAACUGAACGAUUUGGAUUUGAAUGAUGCUUCGUAAAAUA